AUGGGCAACAUAUGCGGCAAGACCGAGUCCGACAACUUCUCGUCACCAGGCCGUAUCGUCGGUUCGGCCCCUCCCGCAGGUCCCAAGUCGGCCCCCGUCCCUAAGAAGGCCGUCGUCGGCGGACCGGGAAGGACGCUGGGCGCUGAUCGAGGCUCGUCUUCGGCCGAGAGUCCUGAUCAGGCGAGGCAACGAGCAGCAGAAGCAGCAGAGGCCCGAGCAGCUGCCUCCAACAAAUCAGGCGGUAAACUACAAUCUCAGCUAUCCGCUCAGAAACGCCAGAAUAGGAACGACACACUCAAGGAGGCCAGCAGAAACGAGAUACAGGCCCGGGAGGCAGAAGAAGCUGCCAAUGUGCGUAACUACAACUAA